GAUGUUACAAGACCCACGCAUGGUAUCCCCAUUGUCCGAAGGGAGCUAAAUACAUUGUUAUUUACCGUGAACCAUGUGCUGCUUUUAACAGCUUCUUUAAAUUCUUUGAGGGUUGGAUGUUCCAACCCGGAGAAGUUUCACAUCAUGAGUUUAUAAAGGAUUUUUUGCUGGCUAGGGGAGUACCACAAAACAAGAUGGAAAAUGCAUCCUAUUUCCUCCACUUGGUUAGCUGGUGGGAACACAGGAAUGAUUCGAAUGUUUUGUUUCUGUUCUUUGAGGAUAUGAAAGAUGAUUUGGAAAGUGUAGUUAGGAAGACUGCAGCAUUCAUAGGAAUUCAGGAUGAAGAAAAGAUUGAGAAGGCUGUGGAAAUGAGCUCUUUUGAAUUUAUGAAGGGAAACCAGAAGAAGUUUUCAGACAUGCGCAUCGCACGUUAUCGGAAUGUAGCUUGCGGGCUUCCCCAUGAUGUUGUGCCCAAUAAAGUUGUCACAGGAUCUGCAUCAAGAGGACGAGAGUUAAUGGAUGAUAAAACUAAAGAAAUAAUUCAGGGAAAGUGGCUGGAAGUUGUUGCUAAACAAACUGGGUUUCAAGAUUAUAACGAGUUGAGAAGUGCAUUCAAAAAGGAAAAAAUAAAUAAUAAUUAGGAAAUGUUUAAAAUUGUGGAUGAUGACGUAGUGACAUGCCACGUAAAAUUUUUUAGGUGCUAUAAUCUUAGUGAUAGGGGUUGGGAUUAUUAAUAACUUUGUACUUGUAACGUAGAUUAUUAGUUUAAGCGAUAUUUUUGUCGCGAUUAUUUUGUGUUGUUAUUACCCGUCUAAUUUUGGCGCGUUUUAGAAUAAAUUAAUUACAUAUUCAUAACAUGCCGCCCAACGUGGGGCCGUAUUGGGAUCGUAUUUUCGUCGUUUAAACAUCGUUUUCGUUUGAAUUUGAUUGUCGUUUGAAUUUUGAAGUAUUCGUUACCAUGAGUGAGACAGAUAUUGAUCGUUUAAAGGCAAAAAGAAGGGGGCAUCGUGGAGUUACAACAAAAUUUAUAGAAGAAGCGAAGUCGAUUGUUGAAAACCCCGAGAUAACCACGUUGAAUCGUUCACGUUUGAAGAUUUUAGACAACUUACUUGAGGAGAAAGAGAAAUUAUUACGAGGUAUGGAGGAUGAAAUGUUGUCGUUGUGUAAGGUUGAAGAAAUUGAGAAAGAAAUAGAGGAUGCUGACGCAAUACGAGCGAGAAUUUUAGAAAUAAG